UUUGUCGCCAAGACCGAUCCGUGGAAAGCGACCGAGAUCAACGAAAAGAUCCUCGGCGCCGCCCUUGCCGGAUCCGACUUCCUCAGUGCGUGCUUUGGGCAGCACCUCAACGCCGCCAGAUUUGCCCUGCAGGAGCUGCGCAGAUUCUCGUUUUCGAAAGAGCAGAUGCCGAAACUUGAGGGAGCCGUGCUGCCACUAGUUGCGAGCGCGCAGAGGUACUUAACCACUUCUACACAUCUUUCAUGAGAAUAAGUAGAGCUGUUUUUAUGUCUUUUUUAAAUUUAAAACGUGAUGAAGAACGACUGCUUUGAAAAUGCACAAUAACACUCUACUAAAAGCAUCAAUCUUUCCUACCCAGGCACUUCCAGCUUGCAGCGGAGCCUCUCGAAUCGGACGAAGCGGAGCAAUGCCUGUGGAGCGCCUGUUCCGAGCGAGAGUUUACGGAGCUUCGGCCCGCGGAAACAAAACAGAUUCUGCAGCAGAACCUCGCGACGCUCCGGCGAAAAGUUAACCCCAAAAACGCGCCAACCGUGCAGAUCGCGGGCCUGUGCAUUCAGUUUCGACUGUGGGAGGACGCGUUCGUGACCAUCGAGCGGGCCGCAGAGCAACGGGGAAAGAAAUCGAAGCGAAAGAAGCCGAAAGAUCCGGAGGCCGAGGAGCACCGAAAGCGGGCGAUAGAAAGUUUGAUCCGACAGUGCAAAGACAGCCACUCUGCUUUCUACUGGGAGAUGUUUUUGGAAGAUGAACCGCAGCGAGCCGCACGCCGCCUGCAACAGUUGCCCAUCGGCAGCGCGGAGACGCCGAAAGAGCACCUUGUGGAGGGACUUCGAAAAUUGACCGGCCUCGGCAGCGGGAACGACGAAAGCACGCGCAUCGCUACUGCGGAACGCAGUGCGCGCUACUUUUUCGUGGCGGCCCGAACCGCAAACUGCAGUGCUGCCGAUCGGCAACCUGCGUUGCGCGUCGCGUGCGGGUUGCUGAAUCACGCGUGGAAACUGAGACUCACCGAGAAGAGGAAAGACAGCGCGAGCACAGAGCCGAUUACGCAAACGCUCGGUUGGUACAAAAGCGGCUUGCUCUACCUCGCCGCGCUCGCCAGUUUGUACUGCACAGACAUGCAGCAGAAGCUCGGAUCCCCGGCCGACGAGAGCGCGUUUGAAAAGGCCUUGGCGGCGUACAAGGAGGAGUGUGCCAAGUUGCAGGCGAUGAAAUGCAACGACGCGGGGCAGAAGCUCCAAGAGGAAGAGAAGCAAAAACUAAAAGAUCUGAAGUUCGAACACAACGCGGAAAUGAUACGCUUUGGGUUUCGAGAGAACGACUUGAUGAAAGAGAUGGAAAAACAAGCGGAUACGCAGAUGCUGCGCAGAUUCCAGAUCACAAAGUUCAAGCCGCUGCUGUAUCGGUUUGUCGCCAAAAUGGUUGUAGAAAGUGAGAAAACUGACGGCUGCUACUUCCUAUGUCCUUGUUGCCAGACCAAGGAAAUUGGAAGAUUCAUCACGUACGAGGAAUGCCACGCGAAAUGGUAUCUCGAGCGUGCAAGGAAGAAACAACACGAAGUGUUUCAUGAUUGCGUCGAGGAGGCAGACUUUGAAAACGGGGAGUGGUGCACAGAAUUGGAACGACUUGAGAAACCGCUGUUAGCGCUUGCGCUGUCCUCCAUGGAGAGUGAGCUACUAAAGGCCGCGGGACUAGUGAAGGAAAAGAACGCCGAGCUGGAAGACCUCGACGAAAAAGCUAAACACUUAGACGAAAUAUUUCUGGCCAACGUGAAAUUCCCGCUGCUGGAUCCGAGUACUCCGCAACUCGGAAUAGACGUCGCCCGGGCGAAAGAGUGCUUGAAAAAGCGCAUGGCCAGCGUGCAGAAAAAGGUAAACAAGACCGAUGGCCAAUUACGCAACAAAACCAAGAUGAUCACACCGCAGAGCCUAAUUGAUGGUCCAACGCCCCUCGUUUACGAGUGUCUCCAUCUGCGAUUUACCGAAGAAAAACACCAAGAUGACUACGACGUACUGGAAUUCUUUCAAGAGCUGUGGCAGGACCACGACGAACCUCUGGAAUUGGUGAUCAAGGCAGAACGAAAGAAGCACGUCAACAGCCUCAAUCUUGCGCGUGACCAGCUGCUGCAAAAAGUUGCUCACCGGAAAGCGGACGCGCUCCAAGAAUGGGAAAAUGACGUCGGAGUGGACUUCUGGAGUGUGUCGUACCAUGAGGAUCAACCCUACUGGGCGUUGGUGACUUUGUGUAACCGACGUCUGCGGCAUGUGUGGAAGCCUUUGGUUCCUGGAAGUAAAAUCGGGAAUAAAACGUCGAAUAGCGGCAAACAAAGGCAGUACAGAAAGCCACCAGGAGCAGCCGCUGCGUCCACCUCUACAACUGCAGAUAAUCUUGCGGCGGCCGCGGCGGAAGUCGCACAACAGGAACAGCUGCUCUUUCCCAUGAUCGAUGCGUUUCUCCGAUCAUUUUCUCAGCUGCAGCAACCAAAAGCUAAACAUAAAGCGAAAUCGGAACAGCGACCCAUUGAGAGGCCCGGUGAUGUUGACCCGCGCUCGACGCCCCAGACGGCGAGACUCAUCGCCCACAUUGGCGCGCCGGACGAUUUCGAGCUCGUCUUAACGGACCCGAGCGAAGCCGUUUGGCUCCACCACGAGAUUAUCAUGGCGGAGGCCGAACACGCAAGGAUCGCGGAGAAAUUCACCGACGGCCGAAAGCAACUGCAGGACGACAAACAGCGACUGCAGCUGAAACAAGAGCUUGUGAUCUCGAUGCAAGAGACCAAAAUCCGAGAAGCGAAAAAACAGAUCGACGCAGACAAGGCGGAGUUUCAGGAACGGAGAAAAAAGCAGAAAGAGGAAAUCGAAAACCGGGAAAACGAUGUGAAGAGCCAGCCGGGGGUGCUGGAGGUGUGGUUUCGCAGGCUGCUGAUCGAGGACGGAAAGAUACCGGAGAACCGCAGCUGGGUCCGGCAGUUCAAGGAAUCCAGCUACAUGAGCUUCCUCCACCGCAUGAUGUUGAAAUCAGGGUCCGUCGGGAAAAAGGUGGCGGAGGUGACUUUGGGGAAACGGGGCCAGGAAAAAUCCGUCGCGGUCAGCGACGUCAAGGAGUUCUUCACGAAACACGCCCAGGAGCUCUGCACAAAGAUCUGCGACCACACGAGCCCAGGACGGAACGGAGUUCUCACUGUGCCCGAUCUCGAUAAGCCACCAACCUUCCACGAGCAAGACGAGCGCGCGGCGCGCGACAUCCUCGAACAACUGGAAAGCGCAAUGCCAAGGCUAAUCGCGAUCGACGAAGAAAUAAAGGGAAAAAGUACUGCGAAAAGCGGUGGGGCUUCGGAACAACAACGAUGUUCCGAACCCACCAACGACCCGGGACUGAAUCCCCCCUCGUCCGCGACGAGCAAACGAAAAACCGGGAAGAAUGCCCCGAACCCGGAAAACCAAAAACCCCAAGAACGCAGACAAACUCGAAAAGAACGGCAGGAAGAGGCCCGCGCGGCGGUACGAGAGGCUGCUAUUGCGUCAGCGUCCGCGUCGUUAGCAGCCUCAAGCGCGACGGAAGAAGAGGCAGAGAUGCUGGAACAAUCUGCCUCCGAUGACGAGGAACAGAUUGAGGAUCUUGUAGAAGACCCAUGGAGAGUUUUUGAACGACAUGACGCGAUUUCAUAAACAUCAAACAAGUUUUUUCAGCAAAUCUUUCCACCAAAUGAAGUAUUCCACCGAAUGAAAUAUUCCACCGAGAACAAUUCCAC